AUGACUAGCUCGCCCUUUGCGACCUUGGCUCUGAUCUCGGUGGCUGUUGUCUAUGCUGCAUCUCCGACGACGCAUGUCACCCACGAGCGGCGAGAUAUUCACAGCCAUAGUCACAGGGAAAAGCGUAACAGUCUCGAACCACACGAUAUAAUCCCCGUCAGAAUUGGCGUGAGUCAGUGCAACUUGGAUCGAGGCUAUGAUCUUCUUCUGGAUGUUUCGGACCCAGAUUUCGUGAAAUAUGGUAAACAUUGGACGGCAGAGCAGGUUGCAAAGAUGUUUUCUCCGUCACACGAGUCCAUCGAGUUGAUUAGAGAGUGGCUCACGGGAUCAGGUAUCUCUGAAGAUAGGAUCGUCCACUCAUUGGGCUAUGAGUGGAUCCAUUUCAAUGCUACUGUUCAAGAGGCAGAAGAACUUUUCCAGACUGAGUAUCACGCAUACCAAUUUGGGCUGGAGACUCGCGAAUACAAAGUACCCAGCCAUCUCGCGAGAUCUAUUGAUUUCAUCCAUCCUGGCGUUGCCCUUGUUGGUAACAUGAGGAAAGAGUAUAUGAAACGAAGUGUACUGCCAGAACAGCAAGUCUCUGCACGCGACGCCCUCGAUAAACGAGCAGAUGUUGGCCUUUGCACAGACUUGGAUCUCAUCACACCAACCUGCAUUCAAUAUCUCCAAUGUGUCCAAAGGGGACAAAAGAGCUCCUGCGGAUCUUGGUACAGCCCGACUGCGCUCAAAGUAUUCUUGGCCAAUUACACCGAUAUCCCACCUGAAAUGACGCUCUUAAAUAUUACCAUCGACGUAUCCCAAAUUCACUACGACCAGCCUGAUGAUAGCGGUGAAGCGGAUCUCGACGUUCAAAUGUCGUUGCCGCUGGUCUACCCGCAGAACGUGACGAUAUAUCAAGUUGAUGAUGACUAUUAUACCACUUAUGGGCGUGAAAUAUACUGGGGCAUGUUUCAGAGCUGGCUGAAUGCUAUUGACGGCUCAUAUUGCAAUUAUACAGCUUUUGGAGAGACAGGAAAUGACCCCGAGAUCGACCCAACAUAUCCUGACACUCACGAAAACCCUGGCGACCCCGAUGGCGGAAUCCCUGAGGGAUGGUACAGAGGGCCCCCUCAAUGUGGAACAACAAAGAGCACAAAUGUGUACUCUAUCCCAUAUGGGUGGGAUGAACAACUGCUCCCAUACAACUACAUGCAUCGGCAGUGCAAUGAAUUCAUGAAGCUGUCGCUCAUGGGGACCAUGAUUGUCGCAUCUACAGCAGAUCUUGGUUCAGCACCAUCCAACAUCUGUGACCCCAGUAAGUAUUACGAGUGGUACUACCACGCUGUCGCGCAAUACCCUGCGAAUUGCCCAUAUCUGCUUACCGUUGGUGCGACCCAACUUCUCCCUGGUCUCGAGGAAGUUGGUCUUAAUGCCCUAGGCUUGGCUUCUGCGGGAGGCUUUUCCUGGAACUACUCUCGCCCUGCCUAUCAAGACGAGGUUGUCCAGGCUUACUUGGAUAGUCAUCAGGACCUCGAUCGCGACCGUUUUAACAGCCAGGGCCGUGGCUUUCCAGAUGUCAGCGCCCUGGGAUGGAAUGUUCUCAAUGUCUUUGGCGCUGAGAAAGAGAUUGUAGCUCAAGGUGGCACCAGCGCGUCGACGCCGAUAGUUGCGGCUUUGAUCAAUCGCAUCAAUGAGGAAAGGCUCAAGGCAGGGAAGUCGACCCUGGGAUUUGUGAAUCCAGUGAUUUAUAAGAAUCCACAGAUGUUUAAUGAUGUGACAAAGGGAAACACGUCGAUAUGCGAUUCUGUAGCGUUUGAGGCGGCGCAAGGCUGGGAUCCUAUCACGGGCUUGGGCACACCAAAUCAUCCAAAGAUGCUGGAUGUCUUCAUGAAGCUGCCAUAA